GCCGCCCCCUCCCCCCCCCGACCUGCCCGGGCGACGGGCGCCUGGAAGCCGUGAGCGUCAGGGGGCGGGGGGCCACACCACCGGGAGACAAGAUGCCGAAGAGGAAGGCCAACUCCGCCGAGGGGGAAGUCAAGGAGGAGCCCAAGAGGAGGUCGGCCAGGUUGUCAGCCAAACCUGUCCCCGCAAAACCUGAACCUAAGCCCAAAAAGGCAGCGGCAACCAAGGAUAAAUCUGAGGACAAAAAGGUUCAAACUAAAGGAAAAAAGGGAGCAAAAGGAAAACAAGCUGAGGUGGCAAACCUAGAAGAAACUAAAGAAGAUUUGCCUGCCGAGAAUGGAGAAACAAAGAGUGAAGAGGCCCCAACUUCUGAUACUGCCGGAGAGAAAGAAGCCAAGUCUGAGUAACACCUUGAACCAAGUCUUUUAUCAGUGGUCGCCGUACCUCCUUUCUUGUACAAUUCAGAGGAAUAUUUUUAUCAACUAUUUUGUAAAUGCAAGUUUUUUAGUAGCUCUAGAAACACAUUUUUAAGAAGGAGGGAAUCCCACCUCAUCCCAUUUUUUUUACAUAUUUAGAUAAGUGUAAAUGCUUUUUUUAAGAGGUGAAUUCAUACACUGGUUGUUUAUUUUCCUUACAACCAGAAAUUAAUGGAAUGUUAGAUUAGGGGAGGCUCUGCUGUCUUGUGUGUUGUAGACUUAACAUUCCAUAGAUGAUGAGGGGCAGUUUUCUAUCCUAAAAGAGGCAAAUAACCAGUCACAAUUUGGAGUUCUGACCGUGGAUUUAAGAUGUCUUAACGUUUGAAUAACUUACCUUCUGUACCCACUUUGUCUUGAACAGAAUUGUCUCCUUAAUAAAACUGCGCCCUGGUGUUGGAUCUCCCUCUGAGAAUUGUGUGCUGUCUGUGACAUUGUUAACAUUGGUAGAGGUAGUUGUUAUUUUCCAAUACUUCUGUAAACGUCCUGUGAAAGAUUGGAAAACUUACUGGGUGUGUAGUGAGCGUGACACUAAAUACUGAGUCUAUGGGACUUUCUGCAUAGAAGACCUAACAGCUUGUCCAUAUUCGCAAUAUGGUACUCUCCGUCCUCUCUUUGAGGACCACUUGCCUCCCAACUUUAAGCUGGAAAGUCACUGGAAAAUGAUUUAGAAAAGGAUUACAGCUACAUAGUCUUGAGGUUUAAAAGUAGUAGCAUUAAAAAAUGUACAAUAUGUUCAUAGUGUCUGUAUUAAUCACCAAACAAGAACCAAUAAAAUCUUGGUUAUAAAAGGA